UUUCAAAUGUUAUCUAUGAUAAAGUGCAAAGCGGACAGAAAUGAAGCUGUCAAAAGAAAUAGUGGAGUAUUUGAAAAUAGCGGGUGACAGUAGUAAAAUAUCGGAAGAAUGUUUUCAUCAUAUACUAUGUAAAGCUGUUGCUAGCAUAUUAGGGAUGUCAUUUACCUCCCCUGUGUUGGAUGAGCUGUUGAAUACUCAGUCUUCUAUAAAGGGUGCUUAUGGUGCUCUUUUAGUUUUGCUUGUGGAAGCUUCAAGGUUAAAUUUAACACCAGAUUCACUUGGAACUGCACUGCAGCAAGAAUACAGCUUUAAUGCUAAACGAUGUAGUAGUGUAAUGCAAUCCUAUAGUAACAAUAAAAACAAAAUAAGAGCUGCACUUAGUCACAUUGGACAGCAUCCUCCACAUGUUACUGAUGUGAGAUGGGAAAUGGAUUACUGUGUUAAGGUGAGCAGUCUGGAUCUUGUCCGUGAAGCCUCUUAUAACAUACAACUUGAAGUUGAAAGAUGUCAGGGCAAAACAGCCACACAGGGAAAUACAAUAACUUUCUCCUGUUCUGUGGGUGAGCUACAGAACUUGGUGUGGAAACUAAAAGAAGCGGUCAAACACUUGGAAAGAAUCUCUCUUAAAUAACUGUGUCUCUGAAUGACCAGUAACAAAAUAGACAGAAUUAUUUUUUCACACAGACAGCUGUGUGUGCCACAACAGAUUAUUUCAUUUCUUGUGUAUAAGUUUUUUGUGGUGUAGUUCACAUAAAUCAUUAUCCUCUAAGUAUCUAUGUAUUUUCUGGAUGAUUGUCGUUUCACCCGUUGUAUCAAGAUGGUACCUGUUUUCAGUGUUGAGAAUGAUAAUACACAUGUUCCACUUCCAGAACUCUGUAUUUGUAAGUAACUUUUCUAAAUGGUGUGCAAGCAGUGAAGAAUUUGCAUUACAUGCAUCUAUUGUUAAUUUAGUAUGAAGGGAACUUUUUAAAUUGUACUGAUAGUUUCAAAGUAUGUAAUAGGAUUUUUAGCAUUCAGUUUCUGAUAAGUAUUAUUUUGAUCGAAGUUUUUCCAACUGAUGGAAUCCUUCAUGACCAUAAAGUUAUAAAGCUAUUAUUAUUAUUAUUAUUAUUAUUAUUAUUAUUAUUAUUAUUAUUAUUAUUAUUAUUAUUAUAUUUUGCAUUUUUCAUUACCAAGUAUUCUAUUAUUUUGUAUUUGUGCUCAAUGUACCAUUUAGUUUUUGUUAGAUGUAGUUAACCCACUUGCUGUAUUGAGCUGGCUGCAAAAUAUAAAUGACAAGAAACAGUAAGAAGACUGAAUAAACUGUGUGAUAAUACACAGUAAAGUGUUA